AAAAAAAAUUCCGGGGGGGAAAGCAGAAAGCGAGGAAUGAUGAGGUCGUAAGAUUUCAAUAAAAAAAAGUAGUAAAAACAUCUGGAUCCCAAAAGUUUCUUUUUCCUCUCUCACUUUUUUCUCGCUGUCCAAACGACAAAUCAAGUGCAGUAGCUGACUUUCUCCUGCUUUUUAUCUAUAUCUCUACCUUGCUUUCCUCCCCUAUACUCGUCUCUCCGCCAAACAACCUUUAGUAACCCAGCAAAGACGUGAGAAAUAAAAAGAGCAGCUUUAAGUGAGAGAGGAAGAGAGGUAUUUAUAUUUUAGCUAUUUCUCGGCGUAGGAUUUGCAAUGGGAGUUCGUUGCUCCAAGUUCUCGCUCUGCUUUUGGCCUUCAAGUACUAAUCUCAACUACUCGUCAGACAUUGAGAACGGGAACAAGAAUGAGAAGGACUCGUUGCCUGGGUUUAGGGAGUUCAGUUUGGAUCUACUCAGGGUUGCGACUGGGGGAUUCUCUUCGGAGCACAUUGUCUCUGAGCACGGAGAGAAAGCUCCCAAUGUUGUGUAUAAAGGAAAGCUCGAAGAAGAUCUCUUUAUCGCUGUUAAGCGCUUCAACAAGUCGGCCUGGCCCGAUUCUCGCCAAUUCCUAGAGGAAGCGAAGGCGGUGGGGCAGCUGAGGAACGAGCGGUUGUCGAACUUGUUAGGUUGUUGCUGUGAAGGCGAGGAGAGGUUGCUUGUCGCCGAGUUCAUGCCUAAUGAGACUCUAUCUAAACAUCUUUUCCACUGGGACACCCAGCCCAUGAAAUGGGCAAUGAGGCUGAGAGUGGCUCUGUAUUUGGCACAAGCUUUGGAUUAUUGCAGCAGUAAAGGCAGGGCACUGUACCAUGACCUUAAUGCGUACAGAGUUUUAUUUGAUAAGGAUGGUAAUCCCAGGCUCUCCUGCUUUGGCCUUAUGAAGAAUAGCCGAGAUGGCAAGAGCUAUAGUACAAACUUGGCCUUCACUCCUCCAGAAUACUUGAGAAUAGGAAGAGUGACGACAGAAAGUGUAGUUUACAGCUUUGGCACCCUAUUGCUCGAUCUUCUUAGUGGCAAACACAUCCCCCCAAGCCAUGCACUUGACCUCAUACGUGGAAAGAAUUUUCUGAUGCUGAUGGACUCAUGUUUGGAGGAUCAUUUCUCAAACGAUGAUGGAACUGAAUUAGUGCGAUUAGCUUCACGUUGUUUACAGUAUGAACCUCGUGAGAGGCCAAAUGCUAAGUCUCUGGUGACUGCUCUCGCUCCUCUUCAGAAAGAAACACAGGUUCCUUCAUAUGUUUUGAUGGGUAUACAAUGUGGAACGCUGUCCCCAAAGGAAGCAGUGCCAUUAACACCUCUGGGUGAUGCUUGCUCAAGAAGGGAUCUUACUGCAAUACACCAAAUAUUGGAAAAAGCUGGAUAUAAGGAUGAUGAGGGGGUUGCAAAUGAUCUUUCCUUCCAAAUGUGGACAAGUCAAAUAGAGGAAACACUGAACUCUAAGAAGCGUGGAGAUACUGCUUUUCGAUCUAAGGACCUAGCCACUGCCAUUGAUUGUUAUACCCAAUUCAUCGAAGGUGGGACUAUGGUAUCACCAACCGUGCUUGCCAGGCGCAGCUUGUGUUACUUGAUGAGUGACCUGCCACAAGAAGCUCUAGGAGACGCUAUGCAAGCCCAAGUAAUAUCUCCUGAUUGGUCCACUGCCUUCUAUCUUCAAGCAGCUGCCCUCUUCAGCCUUGGGAUGGAUAAUGAUGCGCGGGAAAGUCUCACAGAUGGCACAUCCUUGGAAGCCAAAACACGUAGAAACUGAAAGUGUAUGACAUUUUUUAUUCUCAUUAGGGAUAACAAAAACAAAAGAAGGAAAAGACAAAAAUAAAGAAAAAAGCACUCCUUGUAUAUAUGCACAUGCAUUUCUUCUUUGGUAUGAGUCCCCCAGCACCUAAGGUAUGUUUGCUGGCUCAUUUUUAUGUUUUGAUGUUGUUCUGUAAUUUUAAUCAUCUCCUUAAGUUGCUGCUGC